AUGGCCACCAGCACUGCAUAUGUCCAACGUGAACGCGAUGGCAAACAAGUCCUACUCAAGGACGAUGUUCAAUUGCCCUCACGCGAAGCACACCAGAGCCUUGUAAAAGUGCAAUAUGUAGCUCAGAAUCCCACUGAUGUCCAAACACUCGACAGCAAUGCAUUCGGCGACGGCACAGUCCUUGGCUGUGACUUUGUAGGCACCGUUGAAGAAACUGGCAAAGAUGCAANNAAAAAACUCAGCAAGGGGGAUGUUAUUGCUGGUCUUAUAUGGGGAGGAGAGACCAAAGGUCUAGGUGCUUACGGAACCCACACCUUUGCUGAUGAUCGCAUCAGUUUCAAAGUUCCGAAAGGUGUAAAGUUGGAAGAUGCAGCUACUGUUCCACUUGCCUCGUGUACUUCUUGGUUGGCCCUGUUCUCCAAAGAUUGUUUGGCUAUACCUAAGAAGGAAGCAAAGACGAGUAUUUUGAUUUGGGGCGGCAGUUGUAAGUUCAAGGACGAAAAGAAGCAGGAACGAACCACUGAUUUCCUCCCAGCGAGUGUUGGAUCCUAUGCCAUUCAAAUCGCCGCUAUGUAUGGCUUCAACAUCAUCACUACUUGCAGCCCUCGAAACUUUGGUCUGGUCAAGAAAUUCGGAGCCGCUCAUGUUCUCGACUACAACAGCUCCGAUGUUGUCGACAAGAUCAAGGAGGUCGCUCCAGAUCUAGAAUAUACAUUCGACACGAUUGGUUCCAAGGAUUCCUCGACACAGGCAUCCCAAGCAAUCGCCUCUAAGNGGGGUGUAUUGUGUACUGUGCGUCCUGGAAAGGCAAACACCGAGAACGUGGCCAAGCACGUAAAGGUUACAGAUGUCUUGGUCUGGACGGCAUUCCUCAAAGACCACCAGUACAAGGAUUUUCACUGGCCACUUCCUACCUGGUUGGAGCAGGGCAAGAUCAAACCUAACAACGUCAAAUUGUUUGACAGUCUCGACUCUAUCCACGAAGGAUUUGAUAUGCACCGCCAGGGCAAGAUUUCGUCCUUCAAAAUUGUGUAUAAAAUCUAG